AUGUCUGCUGCAGGUUUCCCUAGAGUUUCGACGGCACUUUCCGCCGCGCUGAGGUCUAGGGGAGCACAACGCUGUGGAAGAGUAUGGUGGGCGAGGGCGCCAUCGCAGAGCUUGCGGGUUCUGCUUCGGAACUACACACCAAGUCUGGGUUCUUUCGGGCUACGGCGGCAGCUUUAUCGUCUGGAGCGAGAAGCAGACUUGUACCCUGAAGAUUGGAGAAAGCAGAUGAUACUCUUAGAACAGCUAAACCGAGAAGGAUCUGUUCAAAGUGCCGAGAAAGUUAUUCAACGCAUCGAAUCCGGGAGGUAUGCUCUCGGAGAAGAGGCAAAGUACGAGUACAUCAAAGCCCUUGUACGAGUUGGAAAACUGGAGGAGCGGUCGAAAACUGGCGGUGGCCUCGAGUCCGUGUUGCGAAAUAUUCCAGGCUCUGGAAGUGUCCUUUCUCGAACUGGGAAUAGUUCGGAAAGUGGUCGCCUUCCCAGAGGCGCUGCCGAGCCUCCGACUGCCGCGCGCUACACAGACAACUUUAACAGUCCUCUCCAAAUGUAUGCCGGUGAAGGCACGCACCCAACGAGCGCCGGUGCGACAGCUCCCUCCUCAGCGCGAGCGUUGAUGGGAGGUGCCUCCGGCGGAGCGUCCGGCAGCACCGAGGAACCGCUUGUCGUCACCCUUGCUGAGCCUACCUUCAGGACGCAACUGUGGAAAACGAUCCGCACGCUUGGCACUGUAUUUCUGCUAAUGUCAGGAGUUGGUGCAGUUAUGGAGGAGCGGGGCCUAUCCCGAGGAAUCAGUAUGCAGCAAGAGGUGCUACCCGAAGAAGGCAACAAAAAUCUGCGACGGUUCUCUGAUGUGAAAGGCUGUGACGAGGCGAAGGAUGAACUCAUAGAGAUAGUCGAGUAUUUGAAGGCGCCACAGAAGUUUACGCGCCUCGGCGGAAAACUCCCCAAGGGCGUGCUUCUAGUCGGGCCACCUGGAACAGGCAAGACACUGUUGGCGAGAGCGAUUGCGGGCGAGGCUGGCGUUCCGUUUUUCUACGCAUCCGGCUCUGAAUUUGAAGAAAUGUUCGUAGGCGUCGGCGCUCGCCGCGUGCGGGAACUCUUUAACGCAGCUAAGAAGCGGGCUCCCUGUAUCGUGUUCAUUGACGAAAUAGACGCAAUAGGCGGCAAGCGGAACCCCAAAGAUCAAAUGUAUAUGAAAAUGACCCUGAAUCAGCUGCUUGUUGAGCUCGACGGAUUUUCGUCCUCUGAGGGUAUUAUCGUGAUCGGAGCUACGAACUUCCCGGAAUCGCUCGACAAGGCGUUGAUUCGUCCGGGCAGAUUCGAUCGCCAUGUUAUCGUUCCGAACCCUGACGUUCGUGGACGAGAAGAGAUCCUCACCCUUCACACCGAGAAGAUUCCGCUUGCGGACGAUGUGAAUCUCGAAAUACUUGCUCGGAGCACGCCUGGAUUUUCUGGCGCAGAUCUAGCGAAUCUGGUGAACAUGGCAGCUUUGAAGGCGGCCCGUGAAGGCGCUUCCCUCGUUACUAUGGAGAACUUUGAGUUCGCCAAAGACAAGAUAAUCAUGGGUGCCGAGAGACGCAGCGCAGUUAUAUCAGAGGAAAACCGUCGUUUAACUGCUUACCACGAAAGCGGGCACGCGCUAGUCGCGCUCUUCACGGAUGGCGCGCUGCCGGUGCAUAAGGCAACCAUUGUGCCGCGUGGCGUCGCUCUCGGCAUGGUCGCGCAGCUCCCGGAAAAGGAUAUGACGUCUAUGUCACGCAAACAGAUGCUUGCUAAACUCGACGUGUGCAUGGGCGGCAGAGCUGCUGAGGAACUGAUUUUCGGACCUGAAAAUGUCACGAAUGGGGCGGAGUCUGAUAUAGAGCAGGCAACAGAGCUGGCAGAGGCAAUGGUGACCCGCUUUGGUAUGAGUCCCAAGCUGGGUAACAUGGCUUACGACAUUCAGAGGGAGGUAUGUGGGGAGCUUCUGCACGUGGUGGAGAAGGAGGUCAAACGAUUUUUGGACGAAAGCUACCAGCGGGCAAAGCAAGUGCUGCUGACUCAUGAAAAGGAACUCCAUCGAGUGGCAGCGGCCCUACUGGAGAAAGAAACCUUGGGCCGGGAGGAGAUCAUUCGUAUCGUGAGGGGCGAUCCUCUCCGCGAGCAGUUGUCGGAGGAAACGACCGUGAAAUCCGAAGAGGAGGCCGCCGACACUGGCAGCCUGGCUGAAAACGUUGCAGCAAGAGCACGAGGCGCUGUCGCCGCAGCAGCGGCAAAAGCUGGCGUGCCUCGGCCUGGAAAAGUCCCGGCAACAGCGAAAACGGCCUGA